AUGGCAGCGGUGUUGUGGUGGUGCGUUGCCGGGUGGGUUAUGGGGUUGGAAGUGGAUGAGGUGGUGCGGGUCUCUGAGGUGGUGAGAUUGAGGAUGAGGCCUCCGGGGCUGGCGGGUAGUCCGGCUUUCUCUGACAUCUCCCUCAUUCGGAUCUCACCCCAGCGGAACCCGCCCGUGGGGGCGGAGUCGCCGUUCCACCCCCCACACCCCUACAUUAACCCGUACAUGGACUACAUCCGCUCUCUCCACAGCAGCCCCUCCAUCUCCGUGGUGUCAGCCACCCGGGGCCUCAACCCGGCAGAUGUGCCUCACGCGGGGCUGACCACGGCUGAGUACUACCAUCAGAUGGCUCUGCUGGCAGGCCACCGCAGCCCCUACACCACCGACCUUCUCCCAUCCGUGGCAGCCACGGCUGGGGCCAGCAGCGCCAGCGCCCUGCACAUGGAAUAUCUACAGGCAAUGGACAACUCCCGUUUCUCAAGCCCGAGAAUCCCGUCGCGGCCGAGCAGGAAGCGCCCGUUGCCCAUCUCGCCGCUCUCCGAGCACAGCUUCGAUCUUCAGACCAUGAUCCGCAACUCGCCCAACUCCCUCGUCAACUCUUUGCUCAACAACUCCCGCUCCAGCUCCUCCACCAGCGGUUCCUACGGCCACCUCUCUGCUGGAGCCAUCAGCCCGGCCUUAAGCUUUGCCUACCCUCCGACCCCGGUGGCUUUGCACGUGCACCAGCAGCUCAUCGGCCGCCAGCCGGGCAUCGUGGGCUCCGCUUUUGGACACAGUCCUCCCCUGGUCCACCCGACGCCAGCCUUUGCCACUCAGAGGCCCGUGCCUGGCAUCCCGCCGUCCGGCCUGAGCGCCAGCGAGCGCUCAGCCCUCUCCAACGACUCCUCACAGGCCAAACCAACAAGUGAGUCUGCUGUGAGCAGCACGGGCGAUCCGAUGCACCACAAACGCUCCAAAAUGAAACCGGAAGAGGAGCUGCCGAGCCCUGGCGCGGUGAGCGUACAGGAUCAUCCUGAAGGGAUGACUUUGGUAAAGGAGGAAGGGGACAAGGAUGAGAGCAAACAGGAGCCAGAGGUGGUUUAUGAGACAAACUGCCACUGGGAGAACUGCUGCCGUGAGUUCGACACCCAGGAGCAGCUAGUACAACACAUCAACAAUGACCACAUCCACGGAGAGAAGAAGGAGUUUGUGUGCCGAUGGGAAGAAUGCUCUCGAGAGCAGAAGCCCUUUAAGGCCCAGUACAUGCUGGUGGUCCACAUGCGCAGGCAUACUGGAGAAAAACCACACAAGUGCACGUUUGAAGGGUGCACAAAGGCCUACUCUCGUCUGGAAAACCUCAAAACUCACUUGCGUUCCCAUACUGGCGAGAAACCGUACGUGUGCGAGCACGAGGGCUGCAACAAGGCUUUUUCCAACGCUUCAGACAGGGCGAAACAUCAGAACCGCACACACUCAAAUGAGAAACCCUAUGUGUGCAAAAUCCCAGGCUGCACCAAACGCUACACGGACCCCAGCUCCUUACGCAAGCACGUCAAGACGGUACAUGGACCCGAGGCGCACGUCACCAAGAAGCAGCGGGGAGACUACCCACGCCCCCCGCCCCAGCCACGAGAGCCAGGGGGCAACGGCCAGGGCAGGUCGCCGGGGCAACUGCCCCUGGGGGGGUACACGGACCAAAGGGAGUACAACCAUGCUACCUCAAAACAGGAUGAAUGUCUGCAGGUCAAGUCCAUCAAAACAGAGAAGCCCAUGACGUCUCAGCCAAGCCCUGGCGGUCAGUCUACAUGCAGCAGUGACCACUCCCCCCUCAGCGCCUAUCCCUGCAGUGGAGUCCAGCUUGCUGUGAGCGCCGGACGCUCGCCAGGGGAGGGGCUGGAGGAGGACCAGGAGAGGGAGGAGCACGAGGAGGAGGAGGUGGAGGAGGAGUGCGAGGGCGGGCCGGCCCCCAUCAUGGACUCCACCGUCUCCACGGCCACCGCCGCCAUGCUGACCCUGCAGGCGAGGCGCAGCAUCGGCCGGCCCAUGCGCUGGAUGGAACACCUGAAGAUGGAGAGGCUGAAGCAAGUCAACGGAGCCCUGCCCAGGCUGGGGCCCCUGUCCCCGACACCACCCCCCAAAGGUUCUGCGGUGCCCAACAUCCAGGGGAAGGGGUCCUGCCUGGGCAGGCAGUGGGGGGUCUCGGCCCCUCACGCCGAGCUGGUCAGCACGGAGCUGACCGUGCUGGGCCUGCUGCGGGAGCGCCGCGACAGCGGCGGCAGCGCGGCCAGCUCGGCCUACCUGAGCAGCAGCCGGCGCUCCUCGGGCAUCUCGCCGUGCUUCUCCAGCCGGCGCUCCAGCCAGGGCUCCCAGAGCGAGGGCCCGGGGGGGUGGGGCGGGGGGGCCGCCGGCCACCGCCGCCUGCACAACCUCAGCUCCACCGACUCCUACGACCCCAUCUCCACCGACGCCUCCCGCCGCUCCAGCGAGGCCAGCCACCACGGCGGCGGCGGCGGCGGCGGGGGGGGGGUGUUCUCCGCCGGGGGCUGCGGAGGCGUAGGGGGAGUGGGCAUAGGAGGAGGGGGGGGGUCACGAGGCAUGCUGAAUUUAACCCCAGCGCAGCACUAUCACCUGAAAGCCAAGUACGCGGCGGCCACCGGCGGGCCCCCCCCCACCCCUCUGCCCAACAUGGAGCGCAUGAGCCUGAAGACCCGCAUGGCCAUGAUGGACGACGGCGGGAGCAGCCGCUGUCUGCCGCCCCUGGUGAGGCCCCCCCGCUUCGAAGAGGGCGGCGGCGGCGGGUACGGCGGCGGGUACGCGGGACACGCGGGGAACAGGAGGAGGAUCCUGUACCCCGGCGAGGGCCCGCCCAACGGGAUCCGCAGGGCCAGCGACCCCGUGCGGACGCAGGCGCCCGAAACCUUCAGCCUGCCCCCCCCGCAGCGCUUCAACAGCCUCAGCAACCUGCACCCCCUGCCCCCGCUGACUCAGCACGCCCCCGCCGAGCCCCGCAGCUUCUGCCUGCAGAACUACGCCCGCUCCGAGGGCAGCCUGCAGCCCCCGGCCCACGCCGCCAGCAUCGCCGAGCACGCCGCCCUGGAGGCGCUGGCCAUGGAGGACGACGGCGGCGGCGAGGGCGAGGCCGGCCUGCUGCUGGGGGACGAGGACAUCCUGCCGGACGACCUGGUGCAGUACCUCCACUCCCAGAUGGAGAACGCCGCCUCCCUCCCCCACGAGGAGUCCCGCCAUCAGAGGGACGCCGGCUACCAGCCCGCGGACGCCUUCCCCAACUCGCCGUUGAACGCGGCGUUCCCCGCCCCUUUCGGUUUCCAGCAGCAGGCGGCCGAGAGGAAGAGCCCCAGCCAGCUGCCCGUCCAGUGGAACGAGGUCAGCUCCGGGAGCGCCGAGCGGUCACCACAGAGAGGACGCCACCCGCAUUUCUACUGCGAGCGCUGGCCCGACGCCGAGCCCUUCGGCCGCUUCGGGAACAUGGUGGUCCAGCAGCAGCCGCCGGCCGACUUCCAGAGCCAGAGCCCCUGCUGCGUCCACCCGGCGGUCAAGCUGGAGACGGCGCCCAGCUCCUGCAUGGAGAUGCGGGACGCCAACGCCUUCGGAAGACCGGGCUUCACGCAGAUCCCCGAGGGUCCUCUCCUCCCCGGCCCGGUCACUAACCGGGCCCCUCUCCUGUCCCAGGAAAAUGCCCCUUAUCACAACCGGCCGGUUCACGCCCCCCACCCGCCUGCCAACGGCUACCGGAACUCCCCCAGAACGCACCAGUGUCCGGCCUGA